CUGGAGCAGUGGGAAGGGAAACCGUGGAUAAGGGGGGCUCCUGGACUCCUCCCCAAGAAAACCUGGCUGGAAGCCUCAACAGCGGGAAGCAGCUGACAGAGGCAAGGCACGCGUUGGAUGAGGGACUCGGGGGUUCAUUCCUUCUCCUCCGGGUGCUGGCUGCCUCAGGAGCAGGGUGUCCUGACAGUGCGAGGCCUGCGGGGGUGUUCAGAGGGUGUGGGGGGCCUGCGGAGGUGUCCGGACCAUGUGGGGGGGCCGCAGGGGUGUCCGGACCAUGUGCAGCGCCUGUCACCGCAGGGCACUCCAGGGCACCAGGAGCCUGGGCGGCGGACAGGCAGAGCUAGGGGCCCCUGAAGGGCACAGGGCUGACCAGGCGCUCUGUUGGGGGCGGAGGAGAGGGACCUGGUCCACACUGUAGCCUGAAGCGUGAGCGGCAGGGCCAGCGGGACCCAGGCUGGGCCUUGACCCCUGGCCUCACUCCCGCCUGUGUCCGCGGCCUUGAACCCUGCGCACGUGCAUUGCCUAAGCAGACCUUUGUUGUGGGUGCCCCUGCGCCUCCACGCGUGCCAAGGUCUGAUGUUGAGGUGGUAAUCUGCCUUUUUUCCGAAAUAGGAGUAAGUCUACCAUGGGCGGGGCAGGAGUUCUGCUCUUCCCGUAAACUGGGAGGCUAAGAGUCGCCCCUUGGUGUUUUCCCCACGGCGCACAGGCCCUGGGGGUUCACGUGGCUCCCAGGUGCCAGCGGAGUCGUGAGUGGCGCGUCUGCUGUCCCGAUUCCUGACUCAGCUACUCAGCACCCGAACCUGCGGACAGACCCAGACCGCGAGCGGGAAAAUGAGGCCCGGCCACAGGACAUAGGGAGCAACAUAGACCCCGCCUGCCGCACCACCCCCUUCGGAGCAGCUGGGAAGGAACAAGCGACCUAAAAAUAGCAAAAAAAAAAAAAAGAAAAAAAACCCCAUCCGCCUUCCGGGCGGAUGGGUCCCAAGGGGAAUGGCGGCCAAAGCAGAAAGGCCUUCCUUGGGAGCCUGGGAGCCGCGCGGCUGCGGACCUCAGGCGCUCCUCCGCGCUGGGGCUCCGGCACUGCUCGGCCCCGCGGCAGCAGUCUGUGCCCUGUGCUGCCGCUGCCCCCCUCCCUGGCAGCAGCCCCGGCUGAGUAUAACAGACACGGGCGGUUUCCCGGUUUUCCCCCCCAAACCUCCCAGGGCCCCGCCCCCGCCGCAGUUUCACUUUUGAGUUCACCUCCGCCCGCCCGGGACUCGGCGGCGCUCGCAGCGGCGGGGACUCCAGCGAAAGCGCGACUGUCGGUGGUGGCCGAGAUUCCAGUGGCCACGGCGAUCGUCACUACCACCUUCCCCAGCACAGUGACAUUUUUUUGCAUCUUCUGAAUUCCAACGCAUUUCUCCCCUGUAGAGAGGAGACUGCGAGACCCGUGGGGGCCAGUGGCAGCCGGGGCGGAGCGUUUCCUUCGCUGUGGAGAAGUCCUGGCCGGGCAUCCCUGACCCCAGACCUCGUGUGGGCGCCCUGCGAGGAGAGCCAUGGCCUCGGCCACAAGCAGCAAGAAGAUGAGGGAGGAGGCCACCUGCUCCAUCUGCCUGAACCUGAUGGUGGAGCCCAUGAGCAUCAGCUGCGGCCACAGCUACUGCCAGGGCUGCAUCCUGCGCUUCCUGGACAAGCAGCCGCGCCCGCCGCCGGCCCUGCCGCAGGCCUACCCCUGCCCCCAGUGCCGCGCGCCGUUCCAGCGGGCCAGCCUGCGGCCCAACAAGCAGCUGGGCGGCCUCAUCGAAGCCCUCAGGGAGAUGGACUGCGACGUGUGCUGCGAGGAGCACAACGAGCGGCUCCAGCUGUUCUGCGAGGACGAGGGCCAGCUCAUCUGCUGGCGCUGCGAGCGGGCGCCGCGGCACCAGGGGCACAGCACCGCGCUCGUGGAGGACGUGUGCCCCGGCUACAAGGAAAAGCUCCAGAAAGCCAUGACAAAACUGAGGCAGCUGGAAAAGGAAUGCACGCACCAGAAGGCGUCCAAGGGGAAGCAGAUAACAGAAUGGAACGAGAUGAUCAGUGUUAAGAGACAGAAGAUCCAGUUCGACUUCAGAAACCUGCACAGCUUCCUGGAGGAGGAGGAGAAGUGGUACCUGUGGAAGCUGGACCAAGAGAAGGAGCAGACUCUGAAGAGGCUGAGGGAGAGCGAGGCCAAGCUGGGGCAGAAGAGACACCAGCUGGAGAGCCACAUCCUGGAGCUGGAGGAGCGGUGCCAGGGCUCGGCGCAGAAGCUGCUGCAGGACGUGAAGGCCACGCUGAGCAGGAGUCAGGCCGUGCAGCUGGAGGCCCCGGACACCCUCUCCCUGGAGGUUCGGACUGAGUGUGACGUUUCGAAGCGUUACUUCGACGUGAAGAAGCUGCUGAGGAGCCAUCAAGUGAGCGUGGUUCUGGAUCCAGACACGGGGCAUCGGGAGCUGAUUGUGUCUGAGGAUCGGAGACAGGUGACCCGGGGGUGCCCCCAGGACAAUCUGGACGUGUCUCCCAGGAGGUUCACCGCCGCGCCCUGCAUCCUGGGCCGUGAGAGCUUCACCUCAGGGCGGCACUACUUUGAGGUGGACGUGGGAGAAGGGACCGGGUGGGACGUCGGCGUCUGCGUGGAAAGUGUGCCGAGGGACGCGGCCCUGAAGCAGGAGCCCCAGGCUGGCUUCUGGGCUCUCCGGCUGUGCGCCAAGGAUGGCUACGUGGCGCUGACCUGGCCCCGCACGCCCCUGCGCCUGGGGGAGCAACCCCUGGUGGUGGGGGUGCUCCUGGACUGCGAGGCCGGAGUCGUCUCCUUCUACAGCGUGACCUCGGGCUCCCGCAUGUUCACCUUCCCCAAGGCCUCCUUCUCGGACGCGCUGCGGCCCUACUUCCAGGUCUACCCCUACUCCCCCUUGUUCCUGCCCCCGCUGGACGCGUGAGGACGGGAGCGGCGUCCUGGGCUGCACCCGCCGGAGAGACUCUGUGAGGCCGGGAGGUGAGCACUCUGGGCUGUGUGCUCCCCUGCUGUGCCCGGGCCCCCAGCGCGGGGCCGGGCUGUUGUGGGUCCUCGCCAGUCUGCCUCGCACGAAGGGCUGUCAAGGACGAGAGCCCCACAGCCGGCCAGUCUAAGCCUGACCUCCGCAGCCGCGUCGGUGGGCUCUGAGCUUUGGUUUCCGCAGUCUGUGGGAGGCGCGGAGGUCAGGAGGUCCGAGUGCUCCUGUUCUGUUUUGUUUUUUCUUUUCUCAUCUGAGGACAUG